AUGAAUCUUAUUGUUGUAAUAAUAAGUUUUGUUUUGCGUCAUCUAGUUCCAGAGAUGGAACAUCACAAGAAUGCUAAAUUCAAUUUCUUGGAUCUGCCUGAGUCUCAAAAGGUGGAAAAGCAUCUGACAAUUCUCCGACACACGGAUGUUAAGACAACCAAACAUUUACCCGUUAUCAUGUGGCAUGGAAUGGGUGACUAUUAUGACUCAAAUAGUAUGAAAUGGGCUGCGGAAUCGAUGUUGAAGGCGCAGCCAGAUUUGGAGAUUUUUUCAAUAUACAUCGAUGAAGAUUCUAAAAAGGAUAGAUCUGCAUCAGUAUGGGGUGAUGCGAUGUCCGAGGUCACUCAGGCUUGCAAUGAGAUAAAAAGUCUGCAGAUCGAUAUCAACAAUGGAAUUAACCUGGUUGGAUUUUCCCAGGGCGGUUUGUUUGUAAGAGCGUUGGCUCAAGUUUGUGAUGUGAAAGUUAACAAUGUCAUUGCAAUUGGAAGUCCACAAAAUGGAUUUGCAGAUUUACCGCCGUGUGAACCCGAUAAUUCAUUUUGUAAAAGAAGAAAUGAAUUUUUGAAAAGUAGGAUGUACACUGAUUUUAUGCAAAACAAUAAUAUCCAAGCUCAGUAUUUCCGUGAUGUGAAUAAUUUCGAAACAUACCUAGAAAAAUCUGUUUUCUUGAAAUUUAUCAACAAUGAGCUAUACACAAACGUAGAUUACAAAAAAAAAAUGAAGGAUAUAAACAAACUCGUGCUGAUUAUGUUCCAGAAGGAUGAGACUUUGGUUCCUAAAGAAACUGCUUGGUUUUAUGACCUUGAUCCAGAGUCUGGAAAACUGAUUCAUUUCAACCAUACAACAUCAUAUAAAUAUAACCUUAUUGGUUUGAAAACACUCAACGAACAGGGAAAGAUCGACUUUUUGUCAAUAGACAAUUUACACUUGGUUAUGACUGAAGAAGACAUGAUGUUUUUGGCAGAUACCUAUCUGUAA